GGUGUGAAAUAAUGGAAUUUAAUAACGGGAAUUCAUCAGUAGCAAGUACUUCGUCUCUUCAAAUUCAAAAUGAAAUUGGAAGUGGAGACGCAAAGUUUGGUGAAAAUUCUGAAAUUACAAAUCGUUGUUAUUCUUCAUCAGAAAAUGUUGCAAGCAGUAGUUUUGGCGAUAUUUAUGGAAAUACUUCUACAAAUUCUGAUGAAAAAGAUUCUUUAUUACAAACAACAAAAUUAUUUUUGGGGGGAGAAUGGAUUGAAAUACCUAAUGCACUUAUUAAUGAUGAGUUUACUUUUCGUUCUGCAAUUAAUAAAGAAUCAUUUCAAUCACUUUCACAGGCAGCAAAAAAUCAUUUAAAUCGUUAUUUGCCUGAAUCUGAUGGAGCUUGUUUAGAUGAAGUAUUGUCAUCUACAUUCUCAACUGACAAAAAUUUCUUUUUUGGGAAUCCGAUGGAGAAAUUCUUCAAAAAGAUUAGCGAUGGUUAUUUUAGUUCUUUUGAUCAAGUCCAAUUAAGAGAUCACAAACGGGUUCUCUAUGACCAUUAUAUUCGCCAUUAUCAUAUGAAUUUACUCAAAAAUUUGCUAGUUAGUCGGCAUGCACUUCUCGAAACUACCUCCAAACAGAAAGCAAGUCUUGCCGAGCAUUCCCGAGAUUCUCUUACUUCGGUUUCUUCCUCAAUUAAACAUUUACUUGGAGAAUUAAAACCACAAUCUUCCAAUACUAAAUUAAAAACAAAUAAAUUAAAUUAUUCUAAACGUCGAUUAGCUAAACAUUCAAAUGUCAAACGACGUGCAAAAAUACGAGCGAGAUUAAUGAUUGAUGAUUGUCGUGUCAGAUCAGGCCAAAAUCCCGGUCUGUCUUCUGACGAAUCUGGGCAAGAAGAAUGUUCUAUUCAACCACUUCCUCAAAAUUCUCGAAGUACAAUGUUUACAGAAAAAUUCCCUGUUGAUUUGGAUUUAUACCAGCCAAUAAAAUUGCGUGAUGUUGCUGAUCUUUAUCGAGAAUAUCGCUAUUUGCGCGAAGUUGAACCCGAUUGCCCAAGUCUUGAUAUUAGUGACAUAACUCUUGAAGAAGUUUAUGAACGAACUGGUAUUUCGUUCCAAACAGAACGUAACUUCUUUAAAUUAGCCGAACAAAAUUUUGCACAAUUUACUAAACAAAAAUAUCCUCAAAAGCAACAAACACAAGAACAACAACAACAUUUCUGUAAUGGUGGAAGUAUUACUACUCAAAAUGAAGUUAAACUUGAAGUAGCUUCUCCUUUAAAUUAG